AUGGCGGAAGUAAUUCUUUUUGAUGCUGCAGGCAAAAUCUUGGAAGUCUUGGGGUCGCUGGUUGCCAAAGAAAUCGGUUUGGCUAGCGGCGUUAAGGAUGAGAUUCGCCAACUCAUUGAUACUGUCCGCACUGUUAAAGCUAUUCUUCACGAUGCCGAGGAGCAGCAUAGCAAAAAGAAUGAAGAGGUGACGGUUUGGCUUCAAAGGCUCAAAGAUGCGCUUUAUGAUGCAGAUGACUUGUUGGAUGAUUACUACACUGAAUUUCAACAAUUGAGAGAGGCGAUGAAUAGGAAUACAUUAGCGAAAGAGCUUCCUGAUAAAAACCGAGUGGAGAAUGUAGAAAGGGAAACACACUCUUUUGUGCAUGCUGAUAAGGUUUUUUGGAGAGACGAGGAUAAAAAUAAUGUGAUACGACUUUUGUUGGACUCGGAUGGUCGUGAAAAUGUUUUGGUGAUUUCCAUAUUUGGACUUGGGGGCUUAGGAAAGACUACACUUGCUCAACUUGUUUACAAUGAUCAGAAUAUCAUAAACCAUUUCAAAUUAAGGAUGUGGGUAUGUGUGUGUGAGGACUUUAAUUUGAAAAUAAUUAUGGAAAAGAUCAUAAAAUCUGCGACUCGUAAGGAAAUUGAAAAGCUUGAAAUUGAUCAAUUGCAAGAAUGCCUUCGCAAAGAAAUUAAUGGGAAAAAAUAUUUAUUAGUUUUGGAUGAUAUAUGGAAUGAGAAUCCUGGUAUGUGGGACAAAUUAAAAAAUUUGUUAGUGAAUGGAGCGAGAGGAAGUAAGAUACUGGUGACUACACGCAGUGAACAAAUUGCUAAGAUUACUAGCAAAUUUUCUUCAUAUGUCUAUCCUUUGAGAGAUCUAGAUGAAAACAAGUCUUGGUCUUUGUUUCUGCAAAUAGCCUUUGAACAUGGGAUAGAGCCAAAAGAUUCAAAACUAGUGACGUUUGCAAGAGAGAUUGUAGCAAAGUGUGGAGGAGUUCCUCUUGUCAUAAUAACAAUAGGACACUUACUCUAUGGAAAUAAUAACAGAGAUCAUUGGCUGCAUUUCAGGGAUAAUAAAAUGAUGAGUAUAAUUAAAAACGAAAGCGACAUUUUACCUAUAUUGAAGCUUAGUUAUGAUCAUCUUCCUUUACAUUUGAAACAAUGUUUCAUCUAUUGUGCAUUGUUUCCCAAAGGUUACAAGAUUGAGAAGCAAAAGUUGAUUUACCUUUGGAUGGCCCAAGGUUUUCUUCAAGCAUCAAAUGAGAACCAAUAUUUAGAAGAUGUGGGUCAUAAUACAGUAGAUUCAUCAUGGAAAUUUCAAACUGUAUUGCAUGGUGUAACACAUGUAAGAACUUUACUUUUAUUUGAAUCAAAUGCUUUUCUUGAACUUGAUGGUGAUUUUGAAUUCUCAUCAAGUUCUAUAUCCUUGCGCACUUUGGAUUUUGGAGAGUUGGAGUUUAAGAAGUUGCCAAGAUCGAUUGAUAAAUUGAAGCAUCUACGAUAUCUCAAUAUUUCUUAUAAUGGUUAUAUUGUAGCACUUCCUAAUUCAAUGUCGAGACUGUGGAAUUUAGAAACAUUAGACCUCUCUAACUGUUUAGAGCUUAAGGAACUACCAAGAGAUAUUAGAAAACUGGUGAACCUUAGGCAUCUUAUAAAUGAAGAAUGUGAUUCUUUAGUUGGAAUGCCAUAUGGACUAGGGCUUUUGACUAAUCUUCUGACUCUAUCACUGUUUGUGGUAAGCAAGGGAAAUAGCUCUAGCAGUAGAAAAAGAAAAAAUGGUGGGAUAGAGGAAUUAAAUGGGUUGAACAACUUGAGGGGAGAACUAAAAAUUAAGAAUUUAAAAUACGUGGAAAAUAGCAGCUUGGCCAACUUAAAAGAGAAGCAAUUUCUUCGGUCUCUAAUAUUGAAUUGGGGGAGAAGUGACGGUGAAGAAGUUGAGGAGAAUGAUGAAGUUGUGUUAGUAGGUCUAGAGCCAAACCCAAAUCUGAAAGAAAUUACUAUAAGUUCUUUUCUAGGGGUGAAGAUGUGUAAUUGGCUUUCCUUCCUCCCAGAUCUAACUUCAAUUAGUAUAGACAAAUGUAAGAAAUGCCAAUAUAUUCCAAUGUUGGAUCAAUUACCUUACUUGAAGAGUUUGUCUCUUAGAUUUCUGUAUGAUCUAGAAUACAUUUCACAGGAACCAAGUAACAAUUAUUCUUCCACACCAUCAACAACAUUCUUUCCAUCACUUGAGGAACUCACACUCUAUCAUUGUCCUAAAUUAGAGGAAUGGUGGAGGAUAGAUGAUGAUGAUCGAGUAGGGUUGCCUUCAUUUCCUUGUCUUUCCAAAUUACGUAUCGAGUAUUGCCCUAACUUGAUGUCCAUGCCACUAUAUCCAUCUAUAGAAGAACUGACAUUGAGUAGGACUAGCUCAAAACCGCUGGGACAGACAAUGAUGUUGAUGAAUAGAGUGGAUCCUUCAACUUCCUUCAACUCUUCUGCCCCCCUCUCCACAUUAAGUUUUAUGGAUAUUUCUGCAAUUCCAGAUUUAGAAUCUUUACCAGUUGAAGGGAUGCGAAACCUCACUUCUCUAAUGGAUUUGACAAUUUGGUCAUGUCCAAGACUAACUCAAGUGCAUCAUGGUAUAAGACUUGACUUGCUCAUGGAUGACAUGCAAUCACAAAGUCUCAGAAACCUCUAUUCUUUAAAGCUUUAUAGCCUUCCCAAAUUGGCAUCUCUCCCAAAGGGGCUUCGAUAUCUUACCUCUCUACAGGAUUUGACUGUUAAUGAGUGUUACCAACUUGAAUUGCCUGAAAAUGAGGAUGAAGAUGACAUGCCAUGGAAAGGCUUUAGGAGCCUCAAUUCUUUAGAACUUUCUGGACUUCCAAAAUUGGUGUCUCUUCCAAAGGGGCUUCAAUAUCUUACCUCUCUCUAG